AAAAAUUAAAUAAAAUUAACAAAACUUUCCCUAAAUUUUAUUCCCAACUCGAUCAAAUCAAAUUAACUCAAUUUAAAUCAAUUAACUCAUACACAUUUGAUGCAACUCUGUCCUCUAAAAAUAGCAGCAAUUUGCCGGACAGCUUCUUCAAUUCACUCCUCCCCACCAUUAACUCUCUCUCUGAGAUACACUGGAAUGCACAAGAAUCGAUUUUUAUCGAACCCAACUACGCCGGGAUCUGCGUUUCUUGAUGAUUGCAACCCGACAACGGAUUUAUUUGGAUUUGUGUUGAUUGAAUCCGGUGGAAUUGGCACUGAUUAAGAGAAAAGGGGGAGGUUUUGUUUUUCUGUGAAAAGGGAUUUCAUUUUUGGGAUUUGGUGAAGGUAAAAAGGAAGGGACGAAAAGGGGGAAUUUAUUGGUUUUAGGAAGGGAGGGGAGAGCAAUGUUGUCUAAGAGUGGUGGCCAUCAGACCGUCCCUUUAUCGGUGUUGUUGAAACGGGAGCUUGCAAAUGAGAAGAUCGAGAGGCCAGAGAUCACGCAUGGCCAGGCCAGUCAGAGCAAGAAAGGCGAGGACUUGACCUUUAUCAAGACCGAAUGCCAACGAGUCUUAGGCGAUGGAGUCACCACGUACUCUGUUUUUGCGUUAUUUGAUGGUCAUAAUGGAUCUGCAGCUGCAAUCUAUGCGAAGGAGAAUCUCUUGAAUAAUGUUUUGAAUGCUAUUCCACAAGAUCUUAACAGUGAAGAGUGGGUGGCGGCUUUACCCAGGGCUUUAGUUGCAGGGUUUGUCAAAACGGACAAAGAUUUCCAGGAAAGAGCCCAAACUUCAGGAACAACGGUAACCUUUGUAAUAAUUGAGGGAUGGGUCUUAACUGUUGCUUCAGUUGGUGAUUCUCGUGGUGUGCUUGAAUCAGCUGAAGGGGCGAUAUAUUAUCUCUCGGCAGAUCAUAGACUUGAAUGCAGUGAAGAAGAGAGGGAGCGGAUAACUGCAAGUGGCGGUGAAGUUGGACGCCUCAAUACUGGAGGUGGCACAGAGAUUGGUCCGUUAAGAUGUUGGCCCGGUGGCUUGUGUCUUUCACGGUCCAUUGGCGAUAUGGAUGUUGGGGAGUACAUUGUUCCUGUACCUCAUGUGAAGCAAGUCAAGCUAUCAUCAACUGGUGGAAGGCUUAUUGUCUCGAGCGAUGGUGUUUGGGAUGCAAUAUCCGCAGAAACAGCUUUUGAGUGUUGCAGAGGAAUGCCGCCAGACGCUGCAGCUUCACAGAUUGUCAAAGAAGCCGUACAGGUGAAAGGGCUUCGAGAUGAUACAACGUGUAUCGUUGUAGACAUACUGCCUCCCGAGAAGAACGACCCGCCAAAAGUACCCCCUAAGAAGCAAGGGAAAAGAGGCAUCAAGUCUAUGUUCCGGAAGAAGUCCUCGGAGUCGACUUCUCUCCCCGAAAAGGAAGAACACGUUGAAAUCGAUACGGUGGAGGAAAUGUUUGAGGAAGGAUCAGCCUUCCUAUCGGAGAGGUUGGACUCGAAGUACCCGGUGUGCAACAUGUUCAAGCUGUUCGUUUGUGCCGUUUGCCAAGCAGAGAUAAAACCCUGUGAGGGCAUUUCAAUACACUCAGGAACAACCGAUUUGAAAAAGUUACGGCCUUGGGACGGCCCUUUCCUCUGCACGAGCUGCCAUGUGAAGAAAGAUGCCAUGGAAGGGAAAAGAGCUUCCAGAGGUUCUAGGUAUAGUAGUGGAAGUGACUAGUUGAUAUCGUUCAUCCCUCAUAAUUCUGAGUGUUCAAACGGACUAUAACAAUGAAGCCCGUUGCUUGACAAGAACAACUCUACUAUCUGUGUUGCUAUAAGCUAGUAAGGGUAAUUGGAACCCCUGUUGUGAAAUAGCUAAGAUGAAGACCAUGUUUUUACUUUUUUUUUGGGUUUGGAAUUGAAGAUGAAGAAGAUCUGCGCGCUUGAUGAGCAACGGAUAACUUCCCUUCGACCCCACCUGAAACGAGUAAGUCUCCUUGUGUACAAUCGUCGUAGACUAGACCAGAGAUAACUUAUUUGUUGUUCAAGUUCAUUAUUUACUCAAACACACCCUUUCCCCUCAGAGCUAACAAGUGAAAAAACUAUCACCAUUGUAAUAUUUCACUACAGUUUGUUAGGUUUUUACUUGUCUUGGACAACAUUAUUUCAUAUUCUUUCUUCCCUCAAAAUAAGGGUUAUUGUGGGCCAAGAUA